CAGCAGCAGCAGCAGCGCGCACACGCCGGUCACUCCGGUCGUCGGCUGCGAGCUGCACCCGUGCUCGGCUGGAACUUUCGGCGCGACCGCAUCCUCAGCGAAAUCGUCGCCUACAACCCGGACAUCAUCUGCCUGCAGGAGGUGCAGGGCGACCACUUCGAAGAGUUCUUCGCGCCGGCGCUGCUGCGCCGCGGCUACGAGGGGCUGUACAAGCGCAAGACCACCAAACUCUUCCGCGGCGGCGCGUCGAGCUCUCGCUCGACAAGCUCCGCCCGCAGCGCUUCGUCUUCCCGAACAUCCGCGGCUUCUCCCAGCUCAUGCUCGUCUACUUCGAAGAAGACGAGGAACUCACGCUCGGCGUCUCGCUCCAGUGGGUCGAACUCGACGUCAACAGCCAACUCGAGGUCUUGA